AUGUCAAAAUCAAAUAAACAAGGAUAUGAUCCUGGAGAUAGAUAUCGCAACUCUUUAAGCUACCUAACAGCAAAAAACCCAGGAAUCCCAGAAGCCCAUCACGUUGACGUAUCCUAUUUAACUGACACUAUUGAAGAAGACUAUCAAGAAUACAUUCACCCUAGACUGAGUGAUGAGAAAUCGCAAGAUGAUAAUGCAGAUGUAGAUAUGGUCAAAGCAAGCCAAGAAAUGUCAGCAAUGAUAUCAAUCCUAGCAAAACUAAUCAACUCUGAAAGUCUCAGAAAAUUAGGAACCGAUAUCAUAAACCUACCACCAGAACUUGAACUAGCUGACAUCAAUACAAAAGUGAUCUAUGCAAACCAACUAACAGAAAGUGUCACUGAAUAUCUAAAAACAGGGGUAUUUGAUCAACGCCAAGUUCUGCCUCCAAUCUAUGUAAAUUCAGAAUCAGAAGAAAGCAAAUUAAUGCAAGAAGUUAACAUAUCAUUUGUCCAAGUGGAACAUAAGCCGAAAAAAGACAUUUUAACGAAAUUAUUCAGUAUGCCUGAUCGUGGGAUUUUUUUAAAUCAAAAAGAGCAAAGACAGCUUGCAGCAUUAUUAAUUGGAAGCUUAAGAGAUGCGGCUGCUAAAGAUAUACAAGAGCAAUAUCAAGAGUUGGAAGAGAAACAUGAUAAAAAAGAAGAGAUGUUUAAAAAAUCAUUUAAAGAAUUGAGCAGCUUAGAAAACAGUCAUGAAAAACUUAUUGAUUCAAAUACGAAACUAAAAUCUGACUUCCCUCUAUGAGGGAAAAAGGUUUUUUUUUGGUAUGAAAAAAUGUUUGAUAUAUAAGUGAUAAUUAUUAUAAUUAAAUCUCUAUAAAUUCUGUUGAGUUUUUAAUAUGGCUUGCAUUUUAAAAUUAUAAUUCCAGAAAUUAAAUUAAUUUUUGCUUUAUAGCUUUUGCGAGUUGAGAUUUUUUUUAUUUUAAAAAAUUUAAUUUACUAUAUAAUUUUUAAAAAGAAAAUUAACCCUACAAAUUAUUUUGUUCUCUCACCAAAGAGGAAGAGUGAGUAAAUUCUAUGUAGGGUGAAAAAAUUUAAACAGCAAAUAGGAUCCUUAGAAAAACAGCUUGCUGACAGCAGAGCUGAGUGUGAGCAGCAUGCUGAAAAAGGAAGAGCAAUUAGAGAAGAAUUAAUCAGAACAAGGGAUAUGAUACAGCAAUUGUUAGAAAAAGAUACGGGAGAAAUAGAUUUAAGACUCUCGACUGCCAGAGAGCUAAGAAAAAGCAGAAGCAAAGAGGCUACGCCUAUUCAGAAUAUGGGAACACCAAUAUUUGGAAAUAAAUUAUAA